UUCGAAUCGCACACUCGCAGUACCCCAGUUCGCAGUUGCGCCGCAAAAAUGCAACCAUCUCUUCUUCCUCCUGUAGCCGUGCUACUGCUCGCUCUAUUUGUCAGUCCCACCACCACUGUCGCCGCCAUGAACACAUCGAACCUAGCCUGCGCGCCGGCGCUCUGCGGGAACCUCUCCAUCUCCUACCCGUUCUGGCUCGCCGGCACGCACCCGCCGGAGUGCGGCUACAAGGGCUUCCAGGUUACAUGCGACAAGCAGGGCAGCGUUUCCCUGGCGAACUCCUACUGGAGGUACCAGCUCCGGGACAUCUUCUACGAGAACAGCUCCUUCAUAGUCACCAACGUCGACCUGUCGGGCGGCAGUUGCAGUGUGGACCUCUUCUUCAACUCCUCCGACCUCAGCCUCUCGCCUUUCAGCAUCAGCUCCAAGAACCAGGAGUUGUUCUUCCUCUAUGACUGCCACCGGCAGGAACGGCAGCUGCCUCGUUCUUGGGCGCCCGUGAGCUGCGGGAACAACUCGCCCAAUUCCUUUGCCUUGCUUGGGAAGGGGUACACUGUAACACUCUGACCGGAUACUCCGGCCGUAGAUCUGGAAACUCCGGGCAAAACGGUUGAUGUGUCUUUAAAUCCAAGUCUUAGUCUUUCCACCCUCACUCAGCUCUCUCUUCUUUUUUUCUUCUUCCUCCACGAGCUGGGCUCGUUCCCCCACCGCCCACCCAUCGAUCUCCACCUUCGGCCACCGAAUCGUCGAUUCCUUUCACGAGCAUCUUCCUCUCCUUGUUCUCCACCUUUUUCUAAGCCCGUUUGAUCCAUUCCUCGGCCGGAAUCGGCUCCCCACGGACGUCCUCUAUUGUUGACCGCUUGAAGCUCCGCCUCACGCGAGCCCCAUUGUUCGGCCUUCCUCCGCACGAAUCGAGCAAGGGGUAAGCUUCACCGCAUCCUUCUCAACCUUCCCGACCUCUUUUCCCCCAUUUUUUCCUUGCCGGCGCACUGGGAAUGUCAUGGGCGCCGCUGCACCCCGUGACAUGCAUGCUGUUUUUGCCCUUUUGUUAGGUCUGCCCGGAGACUCCGGGUAUAAGCCCGGAUACUCCGGGUUUGGAACACUCCGGGGGAAACUCCGGGUAUAAGCCCGGAUAUUCCGGAUUUGGAACACUCCGGGGGAAACUCCGGGUAUAGGCCCGGAAACUCCGGACUUUGGGGUCCGGACACUCCGAAUAAUGGUCCGGAUAUUCCAGAUAUCUGAAAAUGUCGUCAACUAGUAUGGGCGUACCUUUGGGUAGAUUAUUAGUACCUAUACUCGUACAAUGACUAAUUUAUCAUUACAAAUCAUAAUUGCAUUCCUCAUAUCAUAUGCAUACGUGUAGCAGCCGCCGCAGAGGAGGUUGUGUACGAGGUGGUUGCGGAGCCACGGGAGCCGCUAGAGUAGGCCCAGCAGGUGGAGAGGCAUGAGAACCAGGCCCAAGGCCCAGUUGACCCCGGUGCUGAGCAGCAGAC